GAACUACAGCAACCGGAAAUGGAGCUUUCAAGGCCGCGUUGGAAAGCUUCAUUGCGCAUGCGCGGCCUUGCUUCCUCCUUUCCGACGCUCGAGCGAGAGAGACAAGAUGGGCCACCAACAGCUCUACUGGAGUCACCCCCGAAAAUUCGGACAGGGAUCCCGAUCCUGCCGAGUAUGCUCGAACAGGCAUGGUUUGAUCCGUAAAUACGGACUCAACAUGUGCCGUCAGUGCUUCAGACAGUACGCAAAGGACAUCGGCUUUGUCAAGCUGGACUAAAUGCUGGCAACCUCCCGAAUCCCACGAAUGGGUCAGUUGAAAUCUGGAAGACCUGUUCAAGAUGGACAACUUCAGUUUUGAAAAUAAAUGUUUCGAUUUUGUCAAA